CUUCUGUCUGCACUCACCUCCUCGCACCACAGCUCCAUCCGUCUUCCUCAUCUUCUCACCUUCUCGAUUUUUUGACUCAGAAGAAACAGCCAUGUCUCGUCAGUCUGUCUGCAGAAGCUUUGGAGGCGGGAGUAGAAGGGGCUACAGCUCUUGCUCUGCCAUCGGUGGUGGCUUUGGAGGAGGUGGUGGCAGAAGCAGGAGUAGCUACAGCUCGUUCUCUAUGUCCAGGGGAUUUGGAGGUGGUGGACGUUGUGGAGGGUUUACCAGCAAGAGCCUCCACAACAUGGGUGGUAGUGGAAGGAUUUCCAUGGGUGGAUGUUACGGAGGUGGAGGCUACGGAGGCAGAAUGGGUGGCUUUGGUGGAGGCUACGGAGGAGGAAUGGGCAGCUUUGGUGGAGGAAUGGGUGGAGGAGGAAUGUGUGGCUUUGGAGGAAUGAGUGGUGGAGGAAUGGGUGGUUACGGUGGGGGAAUGGGCGGUUACGGUGGAGGAAUGGGCGGCGGAGGAAUGGGCGGCUUUGGUGGCCCAGGCUUUGGCAUGGCAGGCUUUGGUGGCCCCGGUAGAGGUGGCCCUGGAAUCCAGCCAGUGCAGGUUGACACAGCCCUCCUACAGCCAGUCCAUGUCGAGAUUGAUCCCCAGAUCCAGCAAGUCAAAAACCAGGAGAAGGAACAGAUCAAGACACUUAACAAUCAAUUUGCCUCUUUCAUUGACAAGGUCCGCUUCCUGGAGCAGCAGAACAAGGUCCUCUCCACCAAGUGGGAGCUCCUCCAACAGCAAGGGCCUUCAGGGCCAAGGAAGAACCUCGACGUCAUCUUCGAAAACUACAUUCAGAACCUGAGGAGGCAGCUGGAUGCCGUCUUGGGGCAGAGGGGGCAGCUGGAGUCGGAACUGCAGAACAUGCAGCAAUACGUGGAGGAGUUCAAAACCAAGUAUGAGGAAGAGAUCAACAGGCGCACAACUGCCGAGAACGAGUUUGUGGUGCUCAAGAAGGAUGUGGACUGUGCCUACAUGACUAAAGUAGAGUUGGAAGCCAAGGUGGGAGCUCUCACCGAUGAAAUCAACUUCCUGAGGUGCAUCUAUGAGGAGGAAUUGGCUCAGAUGCAGACGAUCAGCCGGGACCUCUCUGUGGUGGUGUCUAUGGACAACAACCGGCACCUGGAUCUGGACAGCAUCAUCGAGGAGGUCAGGCGCCAGUACGAGCAGAUCGCUCAGAGCAGCAGAGCCGAGGCUGAGGCUUGGUACCAGAGCCAGUACGAGCAGCUGCAGACCACGGCUGGAAGGCACGGGGACAGCCUGCGCAACACCAAGAUCGAGAUCCAAGAGUUGACCAGGAACAUCCAGAGGCUGCGGGCUGAGAUUGAGAAUGUGAAGAAACAGAACCAGCAGCUGCAGGCAGCCAUUGCUGAAGCCGAGGAGCGGGGUGAGAUGGCCCUCAAGGAUGCCAGGGUGAAACUGGAAGAGCUGGAAUGUGCCCUGAGCAAAGACAAGGAGGAGCUGGCUCGCUUGCUGAAGGAGUACCAGGAGCUGCUGAACAUCAAGAUUGCCCUGGACGUUGAGAUUGCCAUGUACAGGAAGCUGCUGGAGGGAGAGGAGAACAGGCUGUGCAACGAUGGCAUGUCCAACGUCAAUGUCUCUGUGGUAGGCAGGACCACCAUCUCUGGAGGAAGAGGAGGCAUGGGAGGAGGCUUCGGAGGUGGCAGCGGAAUGGGAGGAGGCUUCGGAGGUGGCAGCGGAAUGGGAGGAGGCUUCGGAGGAAUGGGUGGCUUUGGUGGAGGAAUGGGUGGUGGUGGAAUGGGUGGUGGAGGAAUGGGUGGCUUUGGUGGAGGAAUGGGUGGCUUUGGUGGAGGAAUGGGUGGUGGGGGAAUGGGCCCUGGAGGAAUGGGCCCUGGAGGAAUGGGUGGCUUUGGUGGCCCUGGCUUCUCUGGAGGCAUCCAGCCGGUGCAAGUUGACUCAUCUCUCCUGCGGCCGGUCCAUGUUGAGAUUGACCCUCAAAUCCAGCAAGUGAAAAACCAGGAAAAGGAGCAGAUUAAGACUCUUAACAACCAGUUUGCCUCCUUCAUUGACAAGGUCCGCUUCCUGGAGCAGCAGAACAAGGUCCUCUCCACCAAGUGGGAGCUCCUCCAACAGCAAGGACCUACAGGACCAAGGAAGAACCUUGAUGUCAUCUUUGAAAACUACAUCCAGAACCUGAGGAGGCAGCUGGAAUCAAUCGUGUCACAGAGGGGGCAGCUGGAGUCGGAACUGCAGAACAUGCGGCAAUACGUGGAGGAGUUCAAAACCAAGUAUGAAGAAGAAAUCAACAAGCGCACGGCUGCUGAGAAUGAGUUUGUGGUGCUCAAGAAGGAUGUGGACUGUGCCUACAUGACUAAAGUAGAGUUGGAAGCCAAGGUGGGAGCUCUGACCGAUGAAAUCAACUUCCUGAGAUACAUCUAUGAGGAGGAAUUAUCUCAGAUGCAGACGAUCAGCCGGGACCUCUCUGUGGUGGUGUCUAUGGACAACAACCGGCACCUGGAUCUGGACAGCAUCAUCGAGGAGGUCAGGCGCCAGUACGAGCAGAUCGCUCAGAGCAGCAGAGCCGAAGCCGAGGCUUGGUACCAGAGCAGGUAUGAAGAGCUGCAGACCACCGCUGGAAGGCACGGGGACAGCCUUCGCAACACCAAGAUUGAGAUCCAAGAGUUGAGCCGCAAUGUCCAGAGGCUGCGGGCUGAGAUUGAGAACGUGAAGAAGCAGAACCAGCAGCUGCAGUCAGCUAUUGCUGAGGCUGAGGAGCGGGGUGAGAUGGCCCUCAAGGAUGCCAGGGUAAAACUGGAAGAGCUGGAAGGUGCCCUGAGCAAAGACAAGGAGGAGCUGGCUCGCUUGCUGAAGGAGUACCAGGAGCUGCUGAACAUCAAGAUUGCCCUGGACGUUGAGAUUGCCAUGUACAGGAAGCUGCUGGAGGGAGAGGAGAACAGGCUCUGCAACGAUGGCAUGUCCAACGUCAAUGUCUCUGUGGUAGGCAGGACCACCGUCUCUGGAGGAAGAGGAAGCAUGGGAGGAAGCUUCGGAGGUGGCAGCGGAAUGGGAGGAGGCUUCGGAGGUGGCAGCGGCAUGGGAGGUGGCGUCUGUGGAGUAGGAGGUGGCUUUGGAGGUGGAAGCAUGGGCGGCAGCUGUGGAAUGGGAGGAGGAUCAUUGAGCGUCGGUGCAAAAGAUCCCAAUCCAGACAAACUGCGAAAUCAUUACCAGUGGAUGGAAAGACCCAGCCCACCUCCAGAAACAGAUAAAAGGGAAUGCCUGGAGCUGUGGGGCCAGAGAAGACAGCGCACACUUCUCUCGGCAUCCAUCCCCCAGCACCACAGAUCUCUUGGUCUUUCUUUCUCUCCUCGGCUCUGUGUGGAAGGAACAGCCAUGUCUCGCCAGUCAAUCUGCAGAAGCUUUGGAGGCAGCAGCAAAAGGGGAUACAGCUCUUGCUCUGCCAUUGGUGGUGGCUUUGGAGGAAGUGGGGGCAGAAGCAGGAUCAGCUAUAGCUCGUUCUCUACGUCAAGGGGGAUCGGAGGCAGCGGACGUUGUGGAGGUUUUAGCAGCAGGAGCCUCCAUAACCUGGGUGGCAGCGGAAGAAUUUCCAUGGGUGGCUCUUUUGGCGGUGGAUAUGGAUGUAGAAUUGGUGGCUUUGGUGGAGGCUUUGGAGGAGGAUUUGGCAGCAUUGGAGGAGGUGUCAUUGGUGGAGGAAUAGGCAGCUUUGGUGGUCCUGUGAGAGGUGGUCCUGGGUUCCCUGGAGGCAUCCAGCCGGUGCAGGUUGACCCAACCCUCUUGCGGCCGGUCCAUGUUGACAUUGAUCCUCAGAUCCAACAAGUGAAGUGCCAGGAGAAGGAGCAGAUCAAGACUCUUAACAAUCAGUUUGCCUCUUUCAUUGACAAGGUCCGCUUCCUGGAGCAGCAGAACAAGGUCCUCUCCACCAAGUGGGAGCUCCUCCAACAGCAAGGACCUACAGGACCAAGGAAGAACCUUGAUGUCAUCUUUGAAAACUACAUCCAGAACCUGAGGAGGAGGCUGGAGUCUCUCCUGGGACAGAGGGGGCAGCUGGAGUCGGAACUGCAGAACAUGCGGCAAUACGUGGAGGAGUUCAAAACCAAGUAUGAAGAAGAAAUCAACAAGCGCACGGCUGCUGAGAAUGAGUUUGUGGUGCUCAAGAAGGAUGUGGACUGUGCCUACAUGACUAAAGUAGAGUUGGAAGCCAAGGUGGGAGCUCUCACCGAUGAAAUCAACUUCCUGAGGUGCAUCUAUGAGGAGGAAUUGGCUCAGAUGCAGACGAUCAGCCGGGACCUCUCUGUGGUGGUGUCUAUGGACAACAACCGGCACCUGGAUCUGGACAGCAUCAUCGAGGAGGUCAGGCGCCAGUACGAGCAGAUCGCUCAGAACAGCCGGGCCGAAGCCGAGGCUUGGUACCAGAGCAGGUAUGAAGAGCUGCAGACCACCGCUGGAAGGCACGGGGACAGCCUUCGCAACACCAAGAUUGAGAUCCAAGAGUUGAGCCGCAAUGUCCAGAGGCUGCGGGCUGAGAUUGAGAACGUGAAGAAGCAGAACCAUCAGUUGCAGUCAGCUAUUGCUGAGGCUGAGGAGCGGGGUGAGAUGGCCGUCAAGGAUGCCAGGAGGAAACUGGAAGAGCUGGAAUGUGCCCUGAGCAAAGACAAGGAGGAGCUGGCUCGCUUGCUGAAGGAGUACCAGGAGCUGCUGAACAUCAAGAUUGCCCUGGAUGUUGAGAUUGCCAUGUACAGGAAGCUGCUGGAGGGAGAGGAGAACAGGCUCUGUGGAGAUAACCCAUCCAACGUCAACGUCUCUGUGGUGGGCAGAACCACCAUCGCCGGGGGCAGAGCUGGUGGCUUCGGAGCCGGUAGUGGCAUGGGAGGAGGAGUAUGUACGGUCGGAGGAGGAAGCAUCAUUGGAGGCAGCUGUGGAAUGGGAGGAGGGAUUAUCAGUGGUGGCUUCUCCUCUGGGAGUGGGAGAAUGUGCAGCUCCGGAGGUGGCAACUUCAUCUCAGGGGGUGGAUCCUCCUCGGUGCGGAGAUGUGUCACGACCACAACGGUCAAGUCGUCGGGUGUGAAAUACUGAGCCCUGACCUCAGUCCCUCCAAGGAAAGAAGCACCUUUUCCUUCCUCCAGCCAGCAGCGCAGCCCUUUCCUUCCCCAACCGGCACCCAGCAAAGAAACGAACUCUUUCCCUCAGAGCUCACAACCUCCUUCAACCCUCCUGCCCAAGGGGAGGUCUUCCACCGUCCUGUGGGCAGAGCCUGGCUCCUCUCUGAUGUCUCCAUCCCACCAGUCUCCAGGGAGGAGAGGUCUCCCUUGUGGGUCCCAGGGACUGCAGGGCUCAUCCGAGCAUCUCCGGCUGCUCUUCUCGCUGCCGCCCCGGGCUGCCGUGCUGGCUGAGGAGGAGUGUGUAUAAAACUGCUCUUUCCUUUCACUUUUUAAGGUCUCUUUUUCAAUGGCCACAUUUCCCUUGCGACUCCCGCGUGUCCUGCAUGGUACCCACACGCUUGUUUCAGCUGUAUCGGGAACUCAUGUGAGCAGAAGAAAGGUGAUAAUGUCUCAUAGUCAGAUUUAGGAGUGAGAAAGAGGUCUCUGGAGAUGUCCACCUUCCGCUGGUGGAGUAAUUUGGCAGCUUUAAUAUUUUAUAGAUUUCUUUCCCUCUUCUCCUUCACACUUGAUGUAUGUACGGCCUUAUUGCAAACCUUCUGUUGCGUGAACCCUACUGCAUGGUUGCUUCCUACCAGCACCCCUUUCCUCCGAGUUCUUUCAUUACCAAUAAACUGCAGGCAGAUGAAAAGA